AUGAGUUCCUAUUUUGUGAAUCCCACUUUCCCUGGGAGCCUGCCCAGCGGCCAGGACUCCUUCUUGGGCCAGCUGCCCCUCUACCCGGCCGGCUAUGACACGCUGAGGCCCUUCCCGGCCUCUUACGGGGCAUCGAGUCUUCCGGACAAGACAUACACUUCACCUUGUUUCUACCAACAGUCCAACUCGGUCCUGGCCUGCAACCGGGCAUCCUACGAAUACGGGGCCUCAUGUUUCUAUUCUGAUAAGGACCUCAGUGGCGCCUCACCCUCGGGCAAUAGCAAGCAGAGGGGGCCCGGGGACUACCUGCACUUUUCUCCCGAACAGCAGUACAAACCUGACAGCAGCAGCGUGCAGGGCAAAGCCCUCCAUGAGGAAGGCACCGACCGGAAGUACACGAGCCCUGUUUACCCCUGGAUGCAGCGGAUGAAUUCCUGUGCGGGUGCGGUGUAUGGGAGUCACGGGCGCAGAGGCCGCCAGACCUACACGCGUUACCAGACGCUGGAGCUCGAAAAGGAAUUCCACUUCAACCGCUACCUGACUCGGCGGCGCCGCAUCGAGAUCGCCAACGCGCUCUGCCUCACCGAGCGUCAGAUUAAGAUCUGGUUCCAGAAUCGGCGCAUGAAGUGGAAAAAGGAAAAUAAACUCAUCAAUUCCACACAACCCAGCGGGGAAGACUCUGAGGCCAAGGCGGGCGAGUAG